AUGGAUAUCAGGAGAACUCGUACCCAGGAGAACCCGUACCCAGGAGAAUUUGGGUACGCGUUCUCCAAGAGAAGUCGUACCCAUCAAUAUCUGGGCAUCCUUCCUGUCCUAUCUCUGCAUGAAGUGGAUCUGAAGCGGAAUUUGUUGGACUCUACUGUGUAUGACAAGUCUGUCCGACCGCGCAUCAACGCCACCCACACUGUGAACGUAAAGAUUAGUGUUACCAGUGUGUAUAUAGUCGACCUAAAUGAAAAGCAAAGUUCAUUCUCGCAGGCCUAUCACUUAAGUGUGAACUGGAAGGACGACUUUUUGACGUGGAAUGUCAGCGAUUACGAAGAUAUAGAGAGCUUUGUCUGCGACUCUUCCUCUAUAUGGACUCCAGAUGUCACAAUAUUUGGAAGAAUGGAGACUAAUCAAGGAGUAGAUUUUAAUCGUGUACGUGUUCGGUCAGACGGCGUUGUGACUACGACAUUUAUGGGGUUGCUGACCACCCACUGCAGCACAGAUCCCACUUACUUUCCUUUCGAUUAUCAGCUCUGCAUCAUAAGACUGGGCUCUCAAGUUUACACUAUGUUCGAAGUCGCUAUGGAAAUCACUUCGGCAGAAAUACUGACCGAUUCCAAGAACAAUCCUAACUGGAAGAUCGCACAUAUCCAACUAAAUAAGAUAUCCCAUGAUCUCCAGACAGUUUCCUUCUGUCUACAGAGAAAGUCAAUGUAUCUAAGUGCGCUGUACAUGGCGCCAACCUUCAUGCACGCAGUUCUAGUGCUCAUCUCCUACAUGAUUCCCAGUGAAACAGGAGAGAAAAUAUCAUUCGGAAUGUCUCUGUUCCUAUCAUUUAUGGUUUUCCUGUUACAGUUAAAUGGGGAUAUACCUGAGGUGUCAACUUCUAUUCCCGCAUUAGGGGUUAAUUAUGUCUUGUCCCUGAAUGAAGUUGAUCUGAAGCGGAUGCUUUUCUCCCCUGCUGUGUAUGAUAAGUCUGUCCGACCACGCAUCAACGCCACUCACACUGUAGAAGUAGAGGUUGGUUUUACCAACGUGUUUGUAGUCGACUUAGAUGAAAAAGGAAGUUCCUUUUCUCAAGCAUGUUCCUUAUGUGUGAGCUGGAAGGACGAAUUUUUGACAUGGAACGCCAGUCAUUACGAGGGUAUAGAGAGUUUCAUUGUCGACAUUUCAUCCAUAUGGUAUCCCGAUGUGUCAAUUCUUGGAAGAAUGGAGAUUGAUCAAGAAGUGAAGUUUAGUCGAGCACGAGUGCAGUCCAACGGCACAGUCAACACAACAUUUGUAGGACUGUUGACAACCCAUUGCAGCACAGAUCCCUCCCACUUCCCGUUCGAUUAUCAGCUUUGUGAAUUCAGGCUGGAUUCUCAAAUUUAUACUAAAUCCGAAGUUGACAUGAAAUUCACCUCCAUACAAAUGAUGCAAGACUACAAAUCAAAUCCAAAUUGGAACACAGCACGCAUUAGCUUUGUUGAUGAUCAGCAACUCUAUUUCUGUCUUCAAAGGAAAUCACUGUAUUUAAGCAUGCUCUAUAUGGUACCAACUACAAUGCAUGCCGUUCUGAUUCUCGUUUCUUUCUUAGUUCCUAGCGAAUCCGGGGAGAAAAUAUCAUUUGGAAUGUCUCUGUUCCUAUCCUUUAUGGUUUUGCUGUUACAGUUAAAUGGAGAUUUACCUGAGGUAUCUACCUCCAUUCCAGCAUUAGAGAUCUACGUUAUGCUUCACAUGGUGAGUGGGGUCGUUUCCCUGACUGUCUCCUCCUUCACAGCUUAUAUUAAACAGAACAGCGACCAAUCAAAACAUCGAACUGAGGCAAAGGUGGAGGACGUAUUUUUUCUCGUUCCCAUGAAGAAAGAGAGGGACAACAAUUAUAAAAGAAAGAAGCGCGUAUGUGAACGACUCAGAUCCGGGAUAUUCCUCAACCGACUGGGAUUUGUCGUGUCGUUCAUUCUUAUUCUAGCAGCAAACUGUGUAAUGCUAAACGCCAAAUCUGUCGCUACAGGUUGUGAUCAUCUUCUAUUGUAAACAUUGGACAUUACUGUAUUGUAUUAUUGUGAUCGUGACACACGUUAUCGUAUUGAAUGAUGACUAAAGCUGUACAGAAUUACCACGUAGGACUGUUUUCUACAGUGAAGAAACAUAGCUGAAAACAUGAAUAGAACAACUACACGUAUAUAUAGAUAUAUGUCUCUUCUGUGUUUAUGACUAGAGAACUGUCAUACAUUAUCAAUACUUAAUGUGUUAUACGUACUUUAGAAGAGUCAUGUAAAAUAUCUGUAAUGUAUCUUAAUUUCGUUACCCCAUCACCCAUCCUCAUGUACACUAUAACAAAGAAUGCAUUGUUCGACGGCAACUUGUCGAAGGGGAACCAAUCGCUUUACUGAAUAUAGAUAAAACUUAUUAUUGAGUCAAAUGCUGUCUGACGUGUGCAUAUAUAUUUACCAAUUGUUAAACCGCAGGUUUUACUUACUAAUUUUGAUUACGGAGUACUCCGUUUCCCUGAAACAGAGCUCAUGGCGGGUGGGACCGGUGUACAAAUGCUUGAUACUCCUACGCAAUGAACCCACCGCUGGUAUAUCCAGGUGUCCGUGUUUCCCCUUUUCUUAAUUUUGUAUUGUUUAUAGGAAUGAUGAGAUUGAUCAGUGUUCGUUAUCUUCACAUUUUUAUAAAUACUACUGAGAUGAUAUUGAAAUAUUGUAUAAAUAGUUAUUCAAUAGUGUCUAUAAUCCAAAGGGCAAAUUACAUUGCAAAUUGGAACCGAAGUUCGAUCACUUGAGUUUAGUAAAAAAGUUGGUAGUGGACAUAAGAUCUCUAUCGCAAUGCCCUUUACGCUUUUCUCCUGUACAUCCUGGUCAACAGGGGUGUUUACUCCUCCAAGGCACCCGAUCCUACUUCUGAUAUGUCCAGGGGUCAAUAUUUGCCCUAUUCUCAAUUUUUGUAUUUUAUAAGAUUUAUGAGAUUGAUUGCUGCCCGUUAUCUUUACUUUUACAUUUGUUAUAAUUAAUAAGAAACAUUGCUGUUAUUGCUAGUUGUGCCUGAAACAUGUUCUGCAUCAUACAAUGCCAUUGAUGUAGAAGCAUUGAUCCAUUCUAUGAAUAAUCUAUCUAUACACUUGUAACCAUUCAAUAUAUUUUGAUGUGGAUAAAACAUUAUGAAAGACAACUAAACAAUAAUGUUCCUUAGUUACUAAUGAUAUAAUCGACAUCCAUUAUCUGUGUUCGUGUGAACUGCAAACAAUUCCAUUUUGGAUAACAAAAAAACCCCACUAAACUGAAAGGCCAAACUUUUUGAUAUAAUAGACAGUGGCUGUAUAAAAAUUGACUAUGAAAAUGUUCAUAUUUUGUGUUCAGUCAUUCAUAACAUUACUUUUUAAAUACUUCUCUGAUUCUACACGCAAACACUCCAACGUUGAUAUUAAAAGAUGUUGAAGUUGCUUAUUUACAAUGUCUAUGUACUCUUUGGUGAUCAAGGCUUCCAGCAGUCCGUUGGAUUUCUCCAAUUGUGUUUUCAUUCGCUGACCUAUUUUUGUCUCUAAUGAUGCAAAAUUUAUUCAAAAGCUUCUUCAUAUAAAUAAAAAGAAAUGUCUAUGUUGUCA